GAUAAGAAAGACUACAGAGACGCGGUAAAUUAAUGUACAAGCAUAGAGCACCUGCGGGAAUCUUUAAUUAUUUAAAUCCACAGCAAACGCCUGCCUUUACCAAGUUUAGACAAAUUCACUGAUAUUUUAUAAAGAUGGUUCUUGGUGCAUUAGUUGGUGCAGUUCUCUCCUGUGUAGUUGGAGCAAUAUGGUAUCAUCCAGUAUUCCUUGGUAAUCUAUGGAUGAAAGGUGCUCAUCCUGGAAAAUCUGCUAAACAAAUUGGACAAGGAUCAGCUCAUGCCAUGUACAUCUCAAUUCUCAGCAGUAUCUCACUGUCAUUAUUACUGCAUUUCAUUAUAGUCAAUACGUUGAAUGUUCAAUCAUUAGCAGAAGCAGCAUCAAUUGGUGUUGGUCUUGCCUGUCUACUGGUAUUGGCAGAUGUUUCACAUUGCGCCUUUGGUAAAAGAUGUUUUGUAGCAUUUCUCAUAGAUCAUGCCUAUGAUGCUGUAGUUCUUGCCUUGACAGCAGUUGGCAUCUUCUACUUCAACAAACAUGGUAUUGAUAUUCCUCCAGUUGCAGAAUUAAAAGACACCGUCCUCAAGAAGACAGGUCUUUAAUUCAUGUUUUUUACUUGGAAUCAGUUGAUGCCUUUUAAUACCUCUCAGUGUUUAUUCUAUUUCAUACCAAUUAUGAUAUCUGUAGGUUCAUUAGUGUUUUUCAUUUGUUAUGUUAAUUGAUCUUUAAUUUA